AUGACUCGUCAACGUUGUUGUUCGACGUUGGGCCUCUUGGCGUUGGUCCUAAUGCAAAUAAUUGCAUGCUGUCGGGCUGGAGCAGGUGGCAAAUAUACCGUUAUCGCUCCCGGUACCAUACACUCCAAUGACAAAUACACGGCAGCUGUGGCCGUACAUCACGUGGACUCUGCAUGCCAAAUAAAGGUGGGCAUUAUAGGCCCCUCCUUUAAAGAAAGUAAAAUUGUUGAGGUCACAGGUUCGGAAAUAAAAGAAGUCGAGUUCGCAGUGCCCACCUUGGCUGAGGGUAAAUACAAUCUAACAGCCGAGGGUAUUAAUUGUCUGGAGAAUUUUAAAAAUUCCACUAUAUUAAAUUAUGCCAAAUUUAGCCCUUACGUUCGGAUACAAACUGACAAGGGUCUAUAUAAACCUGGAGACACCAUCAAUUAUCGGGUAUUGUUUUUGGACAAGGAUUUGAAGCCAGCCAUGCCGGAAAAGGAUACUCUGAUAUGGUUGGAAGAUGGAAAUCGCAUCAAAGAAUUGCAAAUUUCCGAAGUAGUCAAGGGGGUUCAUACGGGGCAAUUUAAAAUUUCCGAAUUUCCGGUGAUGGGUAAUUGGCGUAUGGUGGUGACCAGCAAGGGCCAAGAUGACCAUUCCGUGUACUUUGAGGUCGAGAAAUAUGUCUUGCCGAAAUAUGUGGUCAUGGCUGAGGCCACCGAGUCGGUGUCGGUUAAGGAUGGUGAUAUGCAGGUUAUUGUUCGGGCCAACUACACAUAUGGCAAGCCCGUGAACGGUAAAGCCACCGUUAUCCUCAGCCUGGAUAACAAUUACGACUUCGGUUUUAAUUCUGAAAAUGAACAAGAAGAACCACCCAGCAUUAUCCACACCGGAGCUAUGAUUCAAGGCAAGGCCAAGAUUGAUCUGAAUGUCAAGCAACUGGAGGCGUAUUUACAUAGCGCAGAAUAUCCCAGCGGGGCUAGUAUUGUGGCCACUGUCGAAGAAGAAUUCACAGGAGUGAAACUCAACACCACUGCCAGUACCAAAAUCUAUCCCUAUCGCUAUGCCAUGCAUUGUGUCGAUGAAGAUGAAUGCAGAUCCUUUGAGGCGGAUAAUGAGAAGGAGGUCAUGAUUCAGUUGACCUAUGUGGAUGGAACGCAUUUGAAGGACACGAAAACCCCUGUGGAAUUGGUAUACACGGAGGUGUUGGAAAAUUGGGACAUUGAGGAUGAGGAGAAUGUGACAACGACUCUGAGCCGACCAAUUUCGGGAAAUCUCAGUUACAGCUUCAAAGGUUUUAUGAAUGAAACGGGUUUUGCGACCUUCAAGGUGAAGCUAAGCGAUCUGAAGGAAUAUGAGGACUACUUCCAUUACUAUGACAUUGAGGCCAAAUAUCGAGAUGAAAAACGUGAUGUCGGUGAUGCCUAUCCAAUAUCUAAAGUGUAUACUACAGCUGAUGAGUUGACCAAGGAAUGGUUUAAAAUUGAGUAUAAAUAUGACAAUAACGGGCCCACAUUAUUCCAGGCCGAACAUUUCACAGUGAAGUCCAGCAAACCCCUGCCCUAUUUGGAUUAUAAUGUCAUUGCUCGGGGUAAUAUUGUCAAGACGGGACAUAUCGAUUUACCACAGAAGCCCAUGGUGCACAAUAUCACCAUCACCCCGGAAUUGGUGUAUUCUCCACGGUUCUCGAUUUAUAUUUAUUAUAUUGAUGAGCAGGGUGAAUACCAUUAUGCGGAGGGUAGCUACUACAUUGAUUAUGAAUUGGAAAAUAAGAUCACCAUCACUGCUGCUGACCAGGUCAAACCCGGCCAGGAAGUCGCUCUGAAAAUUAAAACGGCCCCCAACUCGUUUGUUGGCCUCAUGGCGGUGGAUCAAAGUGUCCUGCUAUUGAGAUCGAACAAUGACAUUCGUGCCAGUGAAUUCCGCUGGAUUGUGGGUUCCUAUGUGACAAACACACCCCCUCAGGUUGGUUAUUCUUAUUAUCCUGGUUCCAAAUCCGGUUGUAUUACCCUGACAAAUGGUGAUUAUGUAUAUAAUUGGACUGGUCAGAAUAUGCCAGUCCACGCAGCUGCAUUUGGCCCAGGAGCUCCGGGAGGAGUUGGUGGUAGUGACCCUGUACAGGUUCGCAAAGACUUUGCUGAGACCUGGAUAUUUGAUAAUAUUGAAAACACUGACAAGGAAGAAUUUACCUGGUCCAAGAAAAUACCCGAUACCAUUACCUCAUGGGUGUUGACCGGCUUUGCCAUGAACAGUGAAAAGGGUUUGGCGGUGACUGGCGAAGAAACAAAGAUUACCACCUUCAAACCAUUUUUCAUUUCCAUACGGCUGCCAUAUUCCGUUAAGAGAGGUGAGGUUAUCAACAUCCCCGCCCUGGUCUUCAAUUAUUUGGGCAAAACCCUCGAUGUUGAGGUCACCUUGGAUAAUAGCGACAAUGAAUUUGAGUUUACCGAUGUCACCAACGAAGUAAUUGGCGAUCAAUCACGUACGAAGAUGGUUCGAGUCGCUGCUAUGGGUACCGCCGGAGUUGCCUUUAUGAUCCGCCCUAAAGUUUUGGGUAAUGUAAUGUUGAAGUACACCGCCAUUUCUCCAGUGGCCGGUGAUGCCGUCCACAAAUCGAUGAAGGUUGUACCCGAAGGCGUUACCAAAUAUGGCAAUCGAGCCUUCUUCGUCAAUCUCAACAAGGAGGCGGAAAUGAAAUCGUCCUUCAAACUGGAAUUGCCUGCGGAGAUUAUACCCGAUUCGCAACAUGUUGAGGUCGGGGUGGUGGGUGAUAUUUUGGGUCCCGUCGUCAAUAAUCUGGAUAAUUUGGUACGCCUACCCACCGGGUGUGGUGAACAGACCAUGUCCACACUGCUGCCGAAUUAUUUAGUUAUGAAAUAUUUGGAGAACACCAAACGCCUGACCCCCAAUAUGGAAACGAAGUUACGUUACAACAUGGUAACUGGCUACCAACACAUGCUCAACUAUCGCCAUCCCGAUGGCUCCUUUAGCUCCUUUGGACCCCAUGAACUUAAUGGCCAGCUGAAUAAUGGUUCCACCUGGCUGACAGCCUAUGUGACCAGAUCCCUAAUCCAAUUGCAGGACUACAAAAAAGUUGAUACGAAAAUCAUUGAAAACUCCUUGGAAUACCUGGUCAAGCAACAAGCCAAAAAUGGUUCAUUUACCGAAAAAAAUGAAGACUUCUUCUAUGCGGAUCAAGCCAAUCUUGUGUCCCUCACAAGUUCGGUCCUCUUGGCCUUGCUGGAAAAAAAGACCUAUGCUGAGAAAUAUUCUCAAGAAAUCUCAAAGGGUUUGGAGUUCAUUAACGAGAAUUCGGAAAAAUCUGAAUCCCUUCAUGCCCUGGCAAUUGCCACCUAUACCCUGGAUAGGGCCCACCACGCCAAAGCCCCUGAGAAGUUGACAAAAUUGAAUUCUUUGGUCAAAACUGAUGGUGAUCGUAAAUGGUGGUCCACUUGGGAUGGGCCACUAAAUACUUUUGUCAAUAGCUUUAAUGUGGAAAUUAGCUCCUAUGCCCUGCUAACCCUGCUCAAUCAACCCUCACCCAAUAUGGAUGAAAUUUUGCCCAUAAUUAGAUGGCUCAUUUCCCAGCGUAAUAGCAAUGGUGGUUUUGCCUCCACCCAGGAUACUGUGGUGGGUCUACAGGCUCUCAUAAAAUUCGCCAAAUUUGCUGGCUAUAAACCGGCAGAAAUGGUCGUGAACAUAGCCUCCAAGGGUGCCGACAAAGAGAAACAGGAAACCCUCAAGCUCACCAAGGAAAAUGCUAUUAUCUAUCAAAAUGUGGAGAUGCCCGAUAAAACCAAAUCCGUGGAGUUCUCAGCCAAGGGUAGUGGCGCGGCCAUGGUCCAAAUUGCCUAUCAAUACAAUAUCCUGGAAAAAGAACAGCCCAGUUUUGAGAUUACCACCGAGAAACAAAACGCCGGCCAAAAAUCCGCUCUCCUAAUGAAUGUCUGUGUGGAAUAUAAGGGUGAGGGUGAAGCUUCGAAUAUGGCGGUGUUGGAAAUUAAUACCCCCUCGGGAUAUGUGGUGGAAGAUGAAAGUCUGCACGCCAUCAACGGGGUGAAGAGAGUUAGUAACGUCGAAUUGGAAAAUUCCAACUCGCUGUUGGUGAUCUACUUCGAUCAUUUAUAUAAGGACGAAAAGACCUGCAUUCCGUACGAGGCCAUUCGUGAUCAUGCUGUUGCCAUGCAGAAACCUGCUGUCAUUCGGGUCUACGAUUAUUACGAUUCGAAUAAGAAGGCAACCGAUUUUUAUGAAGUUGAAUCGAAACUCUGUGAUAUUUGUGAAGGCGAAGAGGAGUGCAGUAAAUGCAAAUAA